AUUGCAUUUAAUUAAGUUCAUUCAGAAAAAUAUGAUAGUUAUGGAUUUAUGGCACAAAAUUGAUGAGAGCAAGUUGAAGGAAGGAGAUCACAUCUACACUUACAGAAACCAACACACAUAUCAUAUCCCUUCAUGGUAAGAAAUAAUCCAAAAUAUUAUUUACUAUACAAAUCAUGUGUUAGGAAAACGACAACAAAAAGAAGGAAAACGACAACGACGAGACUUGAGAGACAUAUAUGGUGUACGGCGUGAUACCCAAAUGUCAAACAGAAGAAGAAAUAGAGAGAGAGCUAUGGGGCAGUGCGUGUCUUGCUUGGACGAAGAGAAGAAACAACAAAGGAAAGAAGAGGAAAGGUUAGCCGCCGCUGAAGUACGUGCCAGAGCUGCCGAAGCUGCUGAAAAACGGAAAGAGCAGUUUGAAAAAUCUGCAGCAGGAAGGGCUGCACGUGCACAGCAACAGGGUCUUGCAAAGCAAGCAUCAAACACUAACAAAGGGGAACCAGUAUUAAAGUGGCAGAUGGGUGGGUCUUAAGUAUUGUUUCUGUACAUUCCAACAACUGCUUAUUGUAAGUUUGUGAAUAUUUUCCAUCUUAUUGAAUCUAAUUACUCUGUCAUUAUACAUUUAUGUAAGCGAUGCGAUAUGAAUGUGUGUCUCAAAUACAUAAAUUUAAUUAUAAGAAAUAAAAUGAAAGUGAUUAGUUUGGUUGUGAAAAUUUUGAAUUGAGAAUGUUAAAUAAAAAUGUGAUAUUGGAUGUUUGAAUUUUAAACAGAUACUUGCAGUAUUUUUCCCACUGCAGCCUCGGUCGUUUGUUAUUCUUUGCCUUCUCUAGUCUAAUCUUUCUGGGAUAGUGGCGUGUUGUUCUAGUUAUUCCUUUUUUGGUUGGUGAAUAUUCAUUAGAGCAAGGUGCACGGUAAGAAGUAUGAGAUUUAUAUUAAAACUAAUUGCAGUUAAAACAUUUUCUCCUCGAGGGAGUCUAUCUUCACAAACACAUGUUUAUCACCUUCAUGCGGCUAAGACAAUCCCCUCAAGCCCAUAAUUGUUUGUUGCUGGGUUUUUUCAUUUAUUUUUUUCUUUGUAGAGUGUAAUUUUGAAGUUAUUGUGAAUUCUAUUUCAUUUUUUCUUUCUGAGAGUGUCUCCAAGUGGGGUUGUUUUUUAGAUCUUUUAGAACAUUGUUAUUUGUCUUUCCGGGUGUAUGUCUUCAACAUGUAAUGUGAAAUGGUAAUACCGCAAUACAUAGUAAGUAUGAUAUGCACUAUAGAUGGAAAACGAGGUAUCUUGGUUGAAAGAAAUUCCUUCUUGUUUAAUAACUAAUGUAUUAUUUGACUUUUAGCAAUAAAAUUGAUUAUUAUAUUAAAAAAA